GUAAUAGCGAUGUUCCUCUGCCACGUCACAAAUUGGGUCAAUGACACAGAACAGUUCACACGGCCACCGAGCCGUUUUUCUCGAUCAACACAAUUCACUACUCCAGAUUUCAUGUGUACACUCAACUAUCCACUCGUGAAGACGCCGGAAUCUUCCACUUAUACAAACACCGCUAUGAUAUAUUUAAGUCGAACAUGUCACGCAUAUAUUACUGACGAACUGCCGGUGCAUUCUCCAUCAGGUCCUCAAAGAAUAUCCUUAACUGCAUCUCGUAGCUACUUCUCCUCACUACCAGUCAUCAAUAUGGCCACACCACCUCCCUUAGGCCAUCCAUGGCCUAUAAACGGCGGUGCGAAUGUUAAUCUCGACCGUGAUCCGCCUCCACCACCUAUUACAGUCGACCCACUACCACCAGCAAACCAACCCGAUGCUAAUAUACCGCAAGGAUUUCCCUCCGCUGGCCCUCUGAUUGGCAUUGGUAUUCCGCCACCCCCGAUGAUGCAUAUGGGAAUCGGGAUGCCAUUACCAUUUGGUCCCUUUGACGGCCUCGGAUCUGGAUUCGCAGGUGUGCAAAGCGCCGGUCCCCUGGCUCCUCCCAGAAAUCCUUGGAACACUCCCGGCUUGAUGGGUAAUCCAAGCACAUCCCGCGGGGCUUGCGUUCCAGGAGCGCCACAUGUAGGAUAUCCACCAGGGGAAAUGCCUCCUCCGCCCCCUGGAAUCGAUCCUGCCGUUGUAGCACCUUUCGGGCCACUCGGAGCAACUUGGGGCGGCGCUGCGCCUGCUGUAGUAGCUCCUGGUCACGGAUUUGGUCUGGGAGGAAUGGGCAUGGGAAUGCCAUAUGGUAUGGGAAUGGACAUGGGCAUGGGCAUGGGCAUGGGCAUGGGCAUGGGAGGAAUCUGGCCAGACAUGCCGCAGCCAGCUCCGGCCAUGAUAACGGAAGCAACAGGAAAUGAACAGCCAACCCAGGAAGACCCAACAAUGAUCCCCGGCGGCAUUCCACCGGGUGUCACUCAUGUUGAAUCAGGAGAACAUGCUAUUAUACACUUGCUGAAAGCUCCUCCUGGAAUUGAUCCAACAUAUCCAUUUUACCCUUGGCUUAAUCAUGGUAACCCGAUGGAAGUUGAGAUCCUUCAUGUCGGGUGUUCCACGGGUAUGAACCGUCUAAUACAGGUCUGUAUGCCGAACAUUCAGGAUGACUGUAACGGUUGGGCAAUUACAGAGUGUCACGAAAUGGUGAACGGGAUGUGGGAAAAAGGACAGACAUUUGUUUUCGGUGAAGCCAUGAGUCUGGUUUUGACAGUGAAGGACGCUGGUUGGGACAAUAAGAGAAAUCGGCCAGGCGGUCAGAGCUUACAUGUCUUCGUACACAGGGUAUACGUCAAUGCCGUCUUUUCCGGGACUCCAACCAAACUCCACAUCAGUUUCCUCACGCGACAUCACUUUCGUUGCGUUUCAGACUCUGUCUAUACGCCUGAAAAAGCAAGUGCUAUUCGAUCUAGAGUGAUGUGCGCUUAUUGGAAUCAAAAUGAAGAUAGCAUUAUAAAGGGACAUAGUCCUGAGUCGCCUUCUCUGCGACACAUCACGUCACGAGCUAGAAGACAGGCUCUCGCGAGCAUUGCACCCUGCAAUUCACACCCUCAGUCACAAUCGCUAUUGUUUUCAAUUCCAAGCGAGAUCCGGAAUCUCAUAUUCAAGUACGCUGUCUGCCAAGAUCACAAUCUAUCUGCGCCAAUACCCAAAGAAUCGCACCAAGAGCGACCUGGCCACAUACACAAAGCAUGCAUCAACACAUCUCUUCUAAGAACAUGUCGCCUCAUCUACUACGAGACUAAGGCGAUUCCUGCCCGCUCGACAACACACCAUAUAUAUCAGCUCCCUUUCGAAUCGUUUGAUCCGCGGGACUGGGAUCAUUACCUUUUUCACAUGUCCAGCCAGGUUGGGCGGAACCUCUAUCAUCUCCAUGUUACCAGGUGGAGGUGGGCAGUUUAUUUCGAUUUCAAUGCUCAUUUUAACGAGCAUCUACAUUGGAAGAAGCUAACGUACACACUCUGCACAUCUGAAUAUGAACGCCAGGAUAUGACGAUGUAUCUCGACAUGGACCGACAUCUUAAAAGUACAAUAUUGCCAGACUCAUGCCACGAGUUCAAUCUCGAGUUUGAAUCGCUUCUCGAUCUUCCAUUCCAGAGGAAGGUGCUUUGCGAAGGCGCAGAGCGAUGCCAGCCGAUCAGCUUGGCCAGGCGAGAUGGUACUAGGCUGGAGUUUGCAGCUGCGAAAUCGAUGGAGUUCACGUGGGAAGGCAAAAGUUUUAGACCGCCUACUACGAGAUAUAGCAAUUACGAAGGCCGCUAUGUUGAUGCAACAUACCACGUUAUCAGACUUUGCUGGCGAGAUGACGUUACGGAGAGAGCAUAUACGAACUAUGAUCAGUUGAACUGUCUUCGCAGCGACGCGAUGAAGAUAAUGACAGUUGCUGAUAUAGCGAAAGACAGGCAAGCAAUAGUGGAGGCGUGA